ACGGCCUGCUUCUCGGGUGCCAUGUCCAGUGUGGAAUUUGCUGCAGGAUGGCUUUCUGGGGCAGCUGGGCUGGUUCUCGGGCACCCAGUGGACACUGUGAAGGUGCGGCUGCAGACGCAGGCUGGUUACCGAGGCAUCUUGGACUGUGUGGUCAGGACGUACCGCGAUGAAACGGUCCUUGGCUUCUUCAAAGGCAUGAGUUUCCCGCUGCUCAGUGUGGCCAUGGUCAACUCCAUCAUGUUUGGGGCCUACAGCAAUGCCCUGCUCUACCUCAGCAACACCCACCACCGGGACCGUCGCUCCAACCCACCCAGCUACACCCACAUCUUUGUAGCGGGCUGCUUCUCGGGACUGGUGCAAGCUGUGGUCCUGGCCCCCGUGGAUCUUGUCAAAGUCCGGCUGCAGAACCAGACCCACCCUUACAGCCGUGGCACCCUGCCGGCAGAGGCCCAGCCGCUGUACAGGGGCCCGGUGCACUGUGCUGCCAACAUCCUGCAGAAAGAGGGCGUCCUGGGCCUGUUCCGAGGCUCCUUGGCAUUGAUGCUGCGUGACACGCCCACCAUGGCGAUGUACUUCAUGACUUAUGUGGGUCUCUGCAGAGGGAUGACUGUGGAAGGGCAGGAGCCAGGCCCAGUAACAGUUCUCGUGGCCGGCGGCUUUGCUGGAAGUGUUUCGUGGGCCUUGGCCACCCCCAUGGACGUGGUGAAGGCCCGCUUGCAAAUGGAUGGGAUGAAGGGGAAGGAGUAUCGUGGGAUCCUCCACUGCAUUCUCACCAGUGUCCGGCAGGAGGGUCCGCAGGUGUUCCUGAAGAGCCUUGCCCUGAACAGUUUCCGUGCUUUCCCUGUGAAUGCGGUCACCUUCUUGAGUUACGAGUGCAUCCUCAAAAUUGCCUGUUGA